CCUUCAAAGUAAACGCAAUUGAAGUUUAGUAAUAUCUCCAUAUUAGGCACCCCUGAUUUCAACUGAUUUUUGUAAAGAAAAUAAAAGUUCUUGGCACCAGGUAAUUAAUAUGUCUGGUGCUUGGGAAUCCGGAGAAAGUAAUCAUGGUCAUCAUCAAUGUCACCAAGAAAUGAUAUCUAAACUUGUUAAAUCUCAAGAAGAGAUGUUUGAAAAGCUUGUUAAAUCACAAGAAGACAUGUUUCGUAAGCUUUGCAAAGUACUCAAACAUGAUAACGAUGAUGAAGAUGAAAUUGGUGAAGCUGCAGAUGAAGGUUCCGGGUUAAUGGAAAUGGAAGAGAUCACAGACGAGGUAUCUCAUCAUGAUGAACAAGAGGAAGAACAAGUUCGUGAUAUCCAAAACAUUGAAAUAGAGGAUGGUCCGGAUAUGAGCACCACCGGAAUCGUCUUGGAUGGUUACGAGCUUCUAUACAAGGCAGCAAAAUCUGGUGACUGGAAUGAUGCUAGAAUUUUUUUUGAAAGGAAUCCAGAAGAGAUGCCGAUAAUCACUAUGGAUGAAUGGAAAACGGCAUUGCGUAUAGCUGUACUUAAUAAUCAGCUGCUAUCUUUAGAGGAGAUUGUGAGACUUAUGCCACCAGAAGCACUCCAUUAUGAAACAAGAAUGAGGGCGUCCACAGCACUUCAUGAUGCUGCCAUGUAUGGAUAUAGUGAAGCUGCUAAAGUAUUGGUCAACAAGAACCCUGAAUUGACACAAAUUCGCGAUGAUAAAGGAAGGGUACCCCUCCAACUAGCUGUUCAGGCGUUUACAAUUGGGCAAACAGAGACGGUUAAGUAUCUUUACUCUGUAACUAGACAUGUGAAGCCAAGUCCAUUUUCAGGUCAUGAUGGUGCUAGGUUAUUAUGCGGUGCAAUCGAUGCGAAUUUUUAUGAUAUAGCACUGUCCCUUGUCAAAAGGUUUCCCAAGUUGGUUACAGAGAAGUCACGGGAGCAUGGUAUAUGCGGAUUAGAGUCAAUAACUCAGAGGCCAUUUGCAUUUCUCAGUGGUGCAAAGCUGACAUGGUGGCAACAAAAAAUAUAUUCAUUAACUCGUGUGGUCAUAGAUUCUGCAUCUAACCGUGGCGCCGAAGCAGACAACCAAGCCUCUUCCAUAUGGUUAGCAGACGCCCAAAGAGAUGUAGAAAAUCCUUUGGAGAUAGAAGGCACCAAAGUUGUUGGAAAUAAUCCUUCGAGGAGCUCAAGCGUCAACUCCAUUAUGCUUUCCAUGUUUGCUUCAGCCUAUUGCAUGCCCAACAUAACACAAGUGAUUCUUAUCAAGCAGUACAUAUACAAACAGAAGUUUAUGCAUAAACAAGCCCUUGCAUUGGUCAGUGAAAUGUUUGGGCAAAUUGACAAAGCAGUGACGGACAAGUCUCAGAUUGUAGAGUAUUUCAGUCAGAAUUCGAACAUCAUAAAGACAGCAAUAAAGCAUGGAACUAAAGAGGUAGUAGUGGAUUGUCUUAAAAAGUUUCCUUUCCUUAUUUGGCAUGAAUUAGGGGGACAGACAAUGAUACAAAUGGCUAUUGCCGAGCGAAAUGAAAAGAUUUUCGAUGUCAUAUGUGAAACGAGUGGCAAAGAUAAGAUUGAUUUGAUUUCCAGAAAAGAUAAAAAAGGCUUCACUCUCUUGCACCAUGUUGCCAAGAUUGCACCUCCUGUUCAACUCAAUUCUGUAUGUGGUACAGCUCUUCAGGUGCAACGAGAGUUGCAGUGGUUUAAGGGUGUUGAAAGUAUUAUACCAGAGGAUGAUAAGGUCCGACGAAAUAGAAAAGGAUAUACAGCUCAAUUUAUAUUUACACAGCAACACGAGGAUUUGGUGGAGAAAGGAGGGGAUUAAUUGGAGCACAGCUUUGAAUGGGU